AUUUUAGUGUCCUGUGGGACCUCUCACAGCUUGAGAGAUGAUAUGACAUCUCAUGUUCCAGUGGACAAUACAUUAAAGGACCUGUUAGAGACCUAGACUCGAUACCUCUGAUGGUACCAGCAUCGAAAGGUAAGAAUGUAAAAACUCAACCACCCUUGAGCAGGAUGAGCCGGGAAGAACUGGAGGACAGUUUGUUUCGUCUUCGUGAAGAGCACAUGUUGGUGAAGGAGCUUUUUUGGAAGCAACAGGAUGAGAUCAAAAGAAUGAGGACAGCCUUGCUCCGGUUAACCGUAGCAGGCAGGGACCUGAGGGCCGAGGUGGCAGCGGCAGCGGUGGAACAGCUCUCGGAGCCCGUUAGCCAGCGGCGGAACCCUUUGUGGCGGCAGCGUCCUUCCAAGCACCAGCGCCCCCCGCUGCAAGGGCUGCAGCCACAGUUCCAGCGCAUAGGCCCCUCUGCUCCCCGCCGCACCCAGCCUCGCUUCCACGUGGGACGCAGACAGCUGCACACUGCCGGGGCGCCGGGGACCGAAAAGCCCAAGAGGGAGUCAGGGGACAGGCCGAGCUACACAGCCCCUCCCACAUUCAAGGAACAUGUGACAAAUGAAAAAGCCAGAGAUGAAAUAUCCAGUGAACCCAACGAACUGUAUUCCCUUUCUUUCCCUUUAUAUUUCCUCCUGGGUCAUAAUUCACUUAUAUUUCUGUUUGAUACUCGAAAGCUAUAUUUUCAAAACCUCAUGGUUCCUGGUCAGAUUCGUUUCCACUGCGCCACAACGGGAACUCCGAAACUCAUUGCUUUAUACAUGCUUAAUGGUGCCCACAUUAUUACCAGCAAUACUAUGCAAGUGGAAGAACCACCCAAGUCUCCUGAGAAACUCUCAUCCAAAGAUGAAAAUUUUGAACAGAGAAGCUCUUUGGAGUGUGCUCAGAAGGCCACAGAGCUUCGAGCUUCCAUUAAGGAGAAUAUACAGCUAAUUCAACUUAAGAAGCUCUUACAUGAAAGGACUACCUCUUUGGCAGCAACAAAAGCACAAUUAACAGAAGUUCAAGCCGCAUAUGAAACUCUGCUCCAGAAGAAUCAGGGAAUCCUGGGUGCAGCCCAUGAUGCCCUCCUUAGCCAAGUGAAUGAGCUCAGGGCAGAGCUGAAGGAGGAGAGCAAGAAGGCUGUGAGCUUGAAGAGCCAACUGGAAGAUGUGUCCAUCCUGCAGAUAACACUGAAGGAGUUUCAGGAGAGAGUUGAAGAUUUGGAAAAGGAACGAAAAUUGCUGAAUGACAAUUAUGACAAACUCUUAGAAAACAUGCUGGAUAGCAGCAAUCAACCUCCCUGGAGCAACGAGCUUGUAGAACAGCUACAGCAGCAAGUCUCUCAGCUGCAGCAUCAGCUGGAUGCUGAGCUGGAGGAGAAGAGGGAAGUCUUACUUCAGCUGUCAAGAGAGAAAGCUCAAAACAAGGAUCUGAAGCUUGAAGUCACCAACCUCCUUCAGAAGCAUAAACAGGAAGUAGAGAACCUCCAAAAUAAAGAUGCAAUUUCCCAAUCUCCUGAUAGGCAAUCUGAACCAGCCACACAUCCUGGUCUGUUCCAGGAGACCUCUCAGAUAGAGCCCUGUGAACCAAAAAACCAAGAUGAAAAGAAACUGUCCCAGAUGUUAAGUGAGUUGCAAGUAUCGCAUGCAGAGACCACGUUGGAACUAGAAAAGACCAGAGACAUGCUUAUUCUGCAGCGCAAAAUCAACGUGUGUUAUCAGGAGGAACUGGAUGCAAUGAUGACAAAAGCCGAUAGUGAAAAUAAAGAUCACGAAGAAAAGCUGGAGAGGUUGAAUCAACUCCUAGAUCUCAAGAACAAGCGUAUCAAUCAGCUGGAAGGUAUUUUAAGAAGCCUUGGCCUUCCAAUAUCCGAACAGCUCAAAGACGUGGCUUAUGGCACACGACAGUUGUCAUUAUGUCUGGAACCACGGCCAGCCCAUGGACAUGAGGAUAAAGUGGACGUUUCUCUGCGACAUAAGAGUGAGAAUCUUUUUGAACUGCACAUCCACCAGGCCUUCCUGACAUCUGCUGCCCUGGCUCAGGCUGGAGACUCUGAACCUACCACUUUCUGCACCUAUUCCUUCUACGACUUUGAAACCCACUGUACUCCAUUAGCUGUGGGGCCACAGCCCCUCUAUGACUUCACUUCCCAGUAUGUGGUAGAGACAGAUUCCCUCUUCUUGCACUACCUUCGGGCUUCAGCCCAGCUUGAUCUACACCAGGCUCAAGCCAGUGAGCACCACACACUUGCAGCUGGAUGGAUUUGCUUUGACAAGGUUCUAGAAACUGUGGAGAGAGUCCAUGGCUCUGCCACACUUACUGGAGCUGGUGGAGAAGUCUUCGGGGUGCUAGAGUACUGGAUGAGGCUGCACUUCCCCAUAAGAUCCAGCCUACAAGCUUACAAUAAGCGAAAGAAAGCCCAGGCAUACCUGUCAGCUAAUGUGCUUGGAGCCUGGGAGGCCCAGGAGGAUGAGUCCAGAUCAAAGACUUGGAAGCAUCAGAAUGAACUGCGGGUGGAAAUCAUCCGAUGCUGUGGCCUCCGGAGUCAACGGCUGGGGGCCCAACCCAGUCCGUAUGCCAUGUAUCGCUUCUUUACCUUUUCUGACCACGACACUGCCAUCAUCCCAGCCAGUAACAAUCCCUACUUCAGGGACCAGGCUCGGUUCCCUGUGCUUGUGACUUCUGACCUGGAUCAGUAUCUGAGGGAAGAGGCCCUGUCUGUGUAUGUUUUUGAUGAUGAAGACUCAGAACCUGGCUCGUACCUCGGCCGUGUCCAAGUGCCCUUGCUUCCUCUUGCACAAAACAAAUCCAUUAAAGGUGAUUUUAACCUCCUUGACCCUGCGGGAAAACCCAAUGGAUCUGUUCAGGUGCAACUGGAUUGGAAGUCUUGCUACCUUCCCCCGGAGAGCUUCCCCAAAGCAGAAACUCAGAGUGAGGAGGAUACCAAGGACAGUUUAGAGACCUCAGAUGAAGAGAAAGAUGCUUCCUUUCUUCCCCGGGCAGCAGAUCUCCACAGAUUUGAGGAAAACAGUAUUAAAAUUGGGGACCAGAUGAUACCUGUUGAGAUUCCCAUUGAAGCUGGCCAGUAUCAAGCUAAGAGAAAACCACCUCAUGUGGGAGAAAGAAAGGAAAGGGGGCACCAGGUUGCAGGCUACUCAAGAAGAAAACAUGGCAAGAGAACAGGCAUCCAAGGAAAGAACAGAAUGGAGUAUCUUAGUCGUAACAUCUUAAAUGGAAAUACACUACAGCAGGUGAACUACACUGAAUUGAAAUUCUCAGGGCUUAAGAUCUCCACAGAUGAUGGUUUAAAAAAACAGCAAAAAGAAGAGGAAAUGACAUCAUCCCACUCAGCAUGGGUGCAAAAGGAAGCCCUGCAUCAUGUGAAUGAUAAAGAAUCCCGUGAACAAGCUUCUGAAGUCAGUGAAGCACAAACUACAGACAGUGAUGAGAUAGUAACACCUGUGUCUCAGAAAUGUCCUAAGGCAGGUUCAGAGAAGAUGUGCAUUGAAAUCGUCUCCCUGGCCUUCUACCCAGAGGCUGAAGUGAUGUGUGAUGAGAAUGUAAAACAGGUGUACGUGGAAUACAAGUUCUAUGAUCUACCCUUGUCGGAGACGGAGACUCCAGUAUCCCUGAGGAAACCCAGGGCGGGAGAAGAGAUCCACUUCCACUUUAGCAAGGUGAUAGACCUGGAUCCACUGGAGCAGAAAGACCGAAGGCAGUUCCUGUUCGCCAUGCUGACUGCGCAAGAUCCUGAGCAAAGACGUUUAAAGUUUACAGUGGUAAGUGAUCCUAUGGAUGAGGAAAAGUCAGAAUGUCAAGAAGUAGGCUACGCCUAUCUGGAACUGUGGCAGAUCGUGGAAUCAGGAAGAGACAUUCUAGAGCAAGAGCUAGACAUUGUUAGACCUGAAGAUCAGGCUACCCCAAUAGGAAGGCUGAAGGUGUCCCUUCAAGCUGCUGCCGCCCUCCAUGCCAUUUACAAGGAGAUGACUGAAGAUUUGUUUUCGUGAUAGAUAGAACAAGUACUAUUCCAUUCUAAACCCUGAGGGAACCAUAGUAAAAAGUCUCUUAUAAAAGUAACUUGCUAUACCAUGAAUUUGGUUUACCGUGAUGUCUCAACCAAUGAUGAAAGCUUAGAGUGAUGAAGGUUUCUUUUUGUGAUAUUAGCUGGAUAAAGGGAGUUAUUCUCUAAUGCCUUAGUGUGUUUACCAGGCGAGAAGCAGUCUUGCUUUCAGGAAUUGCCAAAGAACUGUCACAGAAGGUGAAUUUACAAAAACAAACAACAACAAAAAAAACCACGGUUUAUUUAUCUUUUAGUUCUUCCAAAAUUGAAAAUAUCAAGUCCUACUGCUAAGGAGAAAAAAACAAACAAACAAACAAAAUCCGAGACCCCUCCCCCCCUCUUCUCUUAAAGUCACAGAACACAGAAGGAACUGCAGUGGGACAGUUGGGUGCAGAGAACCAGGAGGGAGAGGAUGGCAAGAUAAACUCCCCAAAUACUUAAAAAGCUGUUGAACAGAAACUGUGAUAAAUACAGGACAAUGCAAGACAAGUAAAAAUAAGGAGCAGCAGUAACGAGAGGCUGUGUUGUAGAUGUGGCCUCCCUUCCUCUUCUCUUAUCAGGGUAUUCUAGGCCCAAGGCAUGACUUGCCCCUUCCAGGUCUAAAUGUUGACUCCUUUGAGCCUCCUUCUAGAUUUCACUAGAAGCAGUAUAUGAGACACAACCAUUCUUCCUCAUAUAUCAGAAAAGAAACAGUGGUAACUUUGUUUCUACCAUGUACCAUCUGUGAAUUUGUAAGGAAGAUGAAACGGAGCUAGGGAG